GCUGCCGAAGUGGGCGGGGAGGUCAGGUGACCCAGCUGGCGUCCCAAGAUGGCGGCGUCGGUGGCGCCCGGUAGGCCAAGGCGGUGUCCGGGCUGUUGAGGUGACUCCGCGGGACAAGUGACGGGUCGGCCGGACCGAAGGGCAGCGGCGGACACACGGCCGCCCCGAGUGCGCAGCAGGGACUUGGCGGCGAGGCAGCGGCGCCGGGGGAUGCUGGUGCUGGGCCGGGCCUCUCCCUCUUCAACUUAGGGCGGCGGCGGGCCCGCACCCCUGGUUCCCGGGCCAUGGCGCUGAGGGAACUUAAAGUGUGCCUACUUGGGGACACGGGUGUGGGUAAAUCAAGCAUUGUGUGGCGGUUUGUGGAAGACAGCUUUGACCCGAAUAUCAAUCCAACCAUAGGGGCAUCUUUUAUGACCAAGACUGUCCAGUACCAAAAUGAGCUACAUAAAUUCCUAAUCUGGGAUACAGCUGGACAAGAACGAUUCCGCGCGUUGGCACCCAUGUACUACCGAGGGUCAGCAGCAGCCAUCAUCGUCUAUGACAUCACAAAAGAAGAGACGUUCUCAACUUUGAAGAACUGGGUGAGAGAGCUCCGUCAGCACGGCCCCCCUAGCAUUGUUGUUGCCAUUGCAGGGAACAAGUGUGAUCUUACUGAUGUCAGAGAAGUCAUGGAGAGAGAUGCCAAGGACUACGCCGAUUCCAUUCAUGCCAUCUUUGUAGAAACCAGCGCAAAAAAUGCAAUAAACAUAAAUGAACUCUUUAUAGAAAUUAGUCGAAGACUUCCAUCCACUGAUGCCAGCCCGGCAUCUGGCGGCAAGGGCUUCAAACUCCGAAGACAGCCGUCGGAGCCAAAGCGUAGCUGCUGCUGACCACCCAGGGCCUGACCUGGACGAAGAAGCGGGUGGACCUGGAUGCUGCGGGAGAGCCGUGCCCUGCCACUGCCUCUGCCGCCCGCCGCCUCAUGCUCUUUAUGCAAAAAGGACUCAGAGAACUGUCUGUGUGGUUCUCUUGGAAGACUGCAGCAGGUGUCUCUGUCUGCAGACUGCUGACGGUGGACUCCGGCUGGCAUGCAGAGGGACCAUGCGCGUCCCCGGCUGUUUACCUAGCUGGAAGGAGCGUCUGAUGCCUGGGUGAUAGGACUGCAUUGCUGGGGCUUUGGUAAUCAGGAUUCAUGUAUCAUUGUAAAGGGAAACAAGCACUUUCACGGAUCUUAAGGGAAAGGCUUAGAGAUGGUCGUCUCCUUGGUCCUCAUCUCUAGUGUCAGAGUCGUGUCAUUUAGCUGUGGGAAGUGAUCACAAGUAGAUGGGUGGAUGUCCCUGGGACAGUUCCCACCGUCUCUAAAGCACUUUGACGCACAGUAGACUCACGCAGGCCGCCAUUGCUGCGGCUGUUGGUUCACCUUUGGUUUGCUUCUGACCCUGUAUGUGUCAGAGCCCGCCGUGCACAUUAGCUCUGGCCACCUUUCUACAGAAGCUCUCCUGGUCCAGGCCAUGGGGUGGACAGGCUGCCUGGAGCCAGCGGAGUUGCAUGUACCUAAAUGACGAGCAGUGGUUUAUAAAGCAGAGGAGAGGACAGGACAAAGCAAAUGAGUCUUUUGGUGGGAUGGGUUUUGUUUCUGGUUUUUGCCCAGUUUGUUUUGGUGGGAAAAACAACUGUGCUGCCUAGCAUAUGUAAAUUUGUAGUCUAUAUUUAUGAUACCAUUGCUUAAAAUUAUAAAUUAUGUAAAUACAUUAAUAACUUCUGAGUUCCCUUCAGUACUCACUUAGUCCUGUGCCCAGUCUUCUGUGUGCCCACCCGUUUUUCAGCCUGUCCCACAGGAAACUCUGAAGCCCCAUUUACCUUGUGUAGAAGAAGCAUGGAGCACUUAGCUCGCAGCUUCCUUCCUCCCCCCUCACCGUCUGCAUCCCAUCUGGAAAUGGUAAUAAAGACAUAUGCCUUCCUGACAA